UUCUUAUCUAACGGUUACUUCUGCAAGAGAAAAAUCUGAAAAAUGACAGGGGCAAAGAGGAAAAAGAAAAGUGUGCUCUGGAGCCAGGUGAAGUCUCCCCGUGGGGCAGGCGUUAAACAGUGGUGCAGAAGGAGGCUGCCGAUUUUGGAAUGGGCAUUACAUUACAAUCCGAAAGAAAACUUGCUUCCAGAUACUGUGUCUGGGAUCAUGUUGGCAGUUCAACAGGUGACACAAGGGCUGGCCUUUGCCAUUCUCUCAUCUGUGCACCCCGUGUUCGGUUUAUACGGGUCUUUAUUCCCUGCCAUCAUUUAUGCCAUCUUCGGAAUGGGACGUCAUGUUGUCACAGGCACUUGUGCCUUGACAUCCUUAAUAUCAGCCAAUGCGGUGGAACGGCUUGUCCCCCCGAGUAGCCAGAACCUCACUAAACAAAGUAACACAAGCAUCCUGGGCUUAUCUGACUUUGAGAUGGAAAGAAUUGGUAUUGCUACAUCUGUUUCCUUCUUGGGAGGUGUGAUUCAGGUGGCCAUGUUUGCCCUGCAGCUGGGCGGCGCUAGCUUUCUGUUCACGGAGCCUGUGAUCAGCGCAAUGACAACUGGGGCUGCCACGAAUGUUGUGACUUCACAAGUCAAGUAUCUCUUGGGAAUGAAAAUGCCCUACAUAACCGGGUCAUUCCGCUUAUUUCACAUCUACACAUAUGUGUUUGAGAACAUCAAGUCUGUUCGCCUGGAAGCCCUGCUCCUAUCCGUGCUGAGCAUUGUGGUGCUUGUGACAGUGAAAGAGUUAAACGAGCAGUUUAAAAGGAGAAUUAAAGCUGUCCUGCCUGUCGAUUUGGUUCUGGUUAUUGCUGCAUCAUUUGCUUGUUAUUAUAUCGAUAUGGAAAAUACAUAUGGAUUAGAUGUACUUGGUCAUAUUCCAAAAGGAAUUCCUUCACCGAGAGCUCCCCCCAUGAAUGUCCUCUCCGCAGUAGUCACAGAAGCUUUUGGAGUCGCACUCGUGGGCUAUGCGGCCUCUCUGGCUCUCGCUCAAGAAUCUGCCAGAAAGUUCAAAUAUUCUGUGGAUGACAACCAGGAAUGUUUGGCUCACGGCCUCAGCAAUGUGAUUCCUUCAUUUUUCUUCUGCAUACCAAACGCUGCUGUCAUGGGGAGGACCAUUGGCCUAUACAGCACAGGGGCAAAGACACAGGUGGCUUGUCUCAUAUCUUGCAUUUUCAUCCUGACAGUCAUUUAUGCCGUAGGACCUUUGCUUUACUGGCUGCCAAUGUGUGUUCUUGCAAGUAUUAUUGUCGUGGGACUGAAAGGAAUGCUCAUCCAGUUUCGGGAUUUAAAAAAAUAUUGGAAUGUGGAUAAAAUCGAUUGGGGCAUUUGGGUCAGUACAUAUGUCUUUACAAUAUGUUUUGGUGCCAAUGUGGGGCUACUGUUUGGCGUUGUUGGUACCAUAGCUAUGGUGAUUGGUCGCUUCCCAAGAGCAAAGACACUGAACAUAAAAAAUAUGAAAGAAAUGGAAUUUGAAGUGAAAACAGAAAUUGAUGGUGAAGCCCAGCAGCGGGUGAAAAUUAUCUCAGUAAACAACCCGCUUGUUUUUCUGAAUGCAAAGAAGUUUCGUGCUGAUCUAAUGGAUAUAAUCCAAAAAGAACAAGCCAGCAACCAGCCACUCGAUGAUACCAGCAAGUGUGAACAAAACUCAUUGCUCAAUUCUCUGUCCAAUGGCAAUUGCAUUGAAGAAGCAGCACAGCGCUGCCCGGAGGAGAGGACCUGCUCCCUGAUCCUGGACUGCAGCGGGCUGGCCUUUUUUGACUCUGCUGGCGUCUCCGUGCUGGUUGAGGCUUACAGGGAUUGUACGAGCAGGAGUGUGGAUGUGUCAUUAGCCCAUUGCACAGCUUCCUUGGUGAAAGCCAUGAAGUACUUUGGAAACCUAGAUUCAGAGAAGCCAAUUUUUUUUAAUUCAGUAUCUGCUGCCAUAAGUGAUAUCCAUGCGAAUAAAAUGAGACAAAAUCUGAGCAAGCUCAGUGAGCAGAGUGAAGUCUGAAGCCCCCUUUGCUGCAGCACAGCUGUUGCUUUAGCAACUGCCCUGCGGAGAACACACGCUAGCGUUUGCACAACCUGUUUCGUGGUCCAGACCCUACAGAAGACCUCUGCUACUAUCCGUGCAAUGUGACUUGUUAACUACACAGUCCCUGGUCAGGAUUUGCUAGCACUUUUUUUUCUGAUUUUUGUUAGUAAGCAAAUUGACUGAAUAGGUUAUUUUAUAGUUAUUUUAUAAAAUGUGGUUGUAUUUAGUUUUGGUAUACUGAAAGGUAAGCAUGAAUGUAUUUCCUUUCUUCUGGUAUUUUUUGUUGUUGUUAUUUUAUUUCUCUUUUGUUGUCAGUUAAUUUGUAAAACUGAGAAACACCUUGUCAUCAGAGACUUAGAACAUUUGCAAACCGUUUGUAAAAAUCCAGGAUCUUCUGUAAGUAAUAUACAAAAACAACAUAGUGAAUUGCCAUUUUUCCCUUACAAAAAGCACACACAAUUAAAUACCUAUUUUAUUUGAUG